UAAGAGGUUAAAAAGACUACAAAAAUAAUUGAAAAAGAACUACAUAAAAUAAUAUGAAUUCUUACAAAUUGUUAUAAUUGUGUUAACCUUUAGUAAACAAAAGAGACUCUUAUGUUUUACACUCCUGUUGGAGGUUGGUUGAUGUGUUGUAACAGUAAAGAGGUCAUUAUUUUGCUGUGAUUUUAUUUUGAACUACAAUUCCCUGCACCAACAAGACAACUGCAUCGGAUCAACAUUUCCAAAAAACACAUCUUGAACUCAGGAGCGCAUAUCACUGUUAGCCUGAAGCCAGUGUGGUGGAAAAUAAUGAACUGUUAUCAGGAGUUGUUAAAAAAAAAAUCAGGUUUGUGAAGCAUUGAUUUGGAUUAAUGUAUUUGGUUAAUGUGUGGAAACUUUUAUAAAUUGGUUUAAAGGAAAAACCUUUGGACAUCAUCUGUCGUGAUGAAGAACAAAUCAAGCAUCGGCAAUGUGAUUUGAACCAAUGUGUGUCGUUUUUUCGGCACACGCCUCAAAGCUUCAGAUUAAAGGAAAUUAAAAUAUUUUCCUGAAAUUCAUCACCAACAACCAGGAUAUUUAACUAAGAGCAAAGUUAAACUACUGAAAGAGGUAAAGCAGAAGCCUUCCUGAAGUAUCUCCAGAACACGCAGAAAUUGUUUGCUACAUUUAAAAGACAAAUGAAGCCAAGUCUCGACAUGGAGAAACAUCAGCACUCUGUCAAGAGUUUUACCAAACAGAGUGAUCUCAAAAAACACCAGCGCAUUCACACAGGAGAGAAACCAUAUCACUGUCCAGACUGUAGGAAGAGUUUUAUUACACAGAGUAAACUUAAAAUACAUCAGCGCAUUCACACAGGAGAGAAACUGCAUCACUGCUCAGACUGUGGGAAGAGUUUUACUAAACAGAGUGAUCUCAAAAAACACCAGCGCAUUCACACAGGAGAGAAACCUUAUUACUGCUCAGACUGUGGGAAGAGCUUUAAUCGACUGGAGACUGUCAAACGGCAUCAGCGCAUUCACACAGGAGAGAAACCGCAUCACUGCUCAGACUGUGGAAAGAGUUUUAAUCAACAGAGUGAUCUCAAAAAACACCAGCGCAUUCACACAGGAGAGAAACUGCAUCACUGCUCAGACUGUGGGAAGAGUUUUAAUCAACAGAGUGAUCUCAAAAAACACCAGCGCAUUCACACAGGAGAGAAACCUUAUUACUGCUCAGACUGUGGGAAGAGCUUUAAUCAACUGGAGACUGUCAAACGGCAUCAGCGCAUUCACACAGGAGAGAAACCGCAUCACUGCUCGGACUGUGGGAAGAGUUUUACUGAACAGAGUACUCUCAAAAAUCACCAGCGCAUUCACACAGGAGAGAAACCGUAUCACUGCUCAGACUGUGGGAAGAGUUUUACUACACAGAGUGAUCUCAAAAAACACCAGCGCAUUCACACAGGAGAGAAACCAUAUCACUGCUCAGACUGUGGGAAGAGUUUUACUAAACAGAGUAAUCUCAAAAGUCACCAGCGCAUUCACACUGGAGUAAAACCAUAUCACUGCUCAGACUGUGGGAAGAGUUUUACUAAACAGAGUGAUCUCAAAAAACACCAGCGCAUUCACACAGGAGAGAAAAAUGUCCCAAAUUUGUCCCAUGGCAAUUAAAAGCGCAAAUCAUAAAUUCCACCAGAAACAAAUAUGAACUGUAUUUAACAAUGGAUUUUACAGGUUCAGCAAAACUAUUCUUAUCCAGGGAUGAUGUGUAUAGAAUUCCAUGUUAUGUUUGUAUGUCUUGUAAGUUUGAAUAUUCCAGGACAUUCUUUGUGAGACAGAGCUCAGUUUUUAGGUUAGUUACUGUUGUGCAGUAAGGUUACAGGCUCAUUCACUCCCUCUGCUGGUGUUCUUGUUUGUCUAUGGUUCAGUCCAAUUAAAAAUCUGUUACUAUAGAGGGAUAUAGAGGGAUAUUUGGUUGUUGUAUUACUCAAGUUUUAUACUCUCUUAUCUUUUCCUUAUUGAAUAUUAAAUGUUGCUUAUGGUUUUUUUAAUCUCCAAAGUUACUAAGACUAUCCAAAUAAUGUAGUUUCUUAAUUGUUUUUAUCCAGUACAAACUAUUAUCUUUGUAUUACUUCACCUCUAUAUUUACCCAUGUGUGUUUUAAUAAACGGCUUUUAUAUUGCA